GUGUUAAUAAUUUACCAAAUUUGUUCUUAUACUCAAUUUAUAUUAAUAUUGAAUUGAAGAACUUCAAUAUUUUAUAAAAAUAUGCCAGAAAAUCAUGGAUUUGAAGAAUCUCAAGAAAUUCAUGAACUAGGUUUGAAAAAUAAAAAAGACUUGCCACCAAAUACUGCCGAAGCUGAUGCUGCACAUCAAGAUGGCAAAAUCUAUUCCUUCGACGAGGCAAUCACACUGGCCAAAGUUGGAUCGUUCCAUUAUUUUCUUCAAUUCACCUGUGGAAUGUGUUUGAUGACAGCUACUGUAGAGGUUAUGGGCAUGAGUAUAAUAAUGCCAUUUAUAACACACGACAUUCCAUCAACAUCCUCUGAAAAAGGACUUUUAGCAUCAGCAGGAUUUUUGGGAAUUGUUCUGAGCUCACAUGCUGUGGGAUUUCUUUCAGAUACAUGGGGCAGGGCACGAAUGUUGCGUACGACUUUGUCCAUAAGUUUUCUAACAAGUUUUGCAUCGGUAUUUUCCUACAACAUCUGGAUGCUUAUAGUGUUUAGAUUUUUGACUGGUUUCAUAAUGUCCGGAUGUCAGGGGAGUGUUUUUAAUUAUCUUGGAGAAUUUCAUAGCAGCAAAACACGAGCAAAAUAUGUUACGAUGUUGUCGGUGUUUGCCCAACUUGGAAUGAUAUUUAUGCCAGCUGUUGCAUUAGUUAUUUUACCUCUCAAACUUGACAUCACAAUUCUUGGUUUACAAUUUCAAUCAUGGAGAUUGUUGCUGUUGGUUUUUUCAUGCAUGCGAACUUUUGCAUUGAUCGGACUUUUUACUUUGCCUGAAAGCCCUAAAUUUGUUUUCGUACAGGGUGACCACGAGAAGGCACUUGAGACUUUACGAAUGAUUUAUUCAAAAAAUACCAAGAAUCCGCAAUAUGAAUAUCCAGUUCAUCAAAUUGCUCCGGAUGGGAGAGGAGAUAAUUUGAAAAAUGUGUGUGGUGUCAAAGAUGCUGUUGCACUUAUAUGGACUCAAACAACUCCUUUAUUCAAUAAGAGCAGAGUUUUGCACACGGUUAAUAUUUGUCUCAUAAUGUUUUUAAUGAGUGCAGUUUCACACGGAUCUUAUAUGUGGUUUCCAACAAUAUUAAAACAACAGAUUGCGAACAUUGGAAGUGGUCUCACAACAUGUGAAAUAAUGCAUUUAGUAUCAAAUGAUUCAGCUGUUAACAUGUCCCAAUUGGAAGACGUUUCUUCGGAAGUUGUAAUUGACACAACAAUGUUCAAAAUCCUAAUUACAAUUGGAACUGUAUUUUCUGUGACGUUUUUUCUAUUCGCACUUAUCAUAAAUACUGUUGGAAAAAGGAAGUUUUUAUUUGGACUAAUUCUGAUACCAGGAUUGAGUGCUUUAGUCUUACACUUCAUAACAAAUAUCCCAUGGGCAAUUGUUAUUUUGACAAUUGUAAUGACUUUAUCAAAUGGCGUUGGAAUUGUUGGAACGAUGGCUUUUGAAUUUUUCCCAACAAAUGUCAGUGGCAUGGGAAUGAGUUUAGUUAUGAUGAUGGCUCGAGUUGGUUCAGCGGCUGGAAGUAGUAUUUUUGGUUCAAUGAUAAAUAAUAGUUGUGAUAAGUUAUUUUAUAUUUCAUUUGCUUCAUGUAUGCUUUUAUUGGUUUUAUCAAUUUUAUUACCAGGUAAAAGAUAAAUUAAUAGAACAUGUUAAUUUGUAUUCUUGAACAAGAAAAUUUAAUUUAAUUUAAGAUUUAACAAACAAAAUGUAUAUAUUUUAAGUUUUUUGUUUACAUUUUAAAAUAUUGAAACUAAAGAAAAAUAAAUAAUAAAGAUAGCAAAAGAAUGCAACUUUAAUAUCAUCUCAUAAAAAAGGCUUGAAUGGGAACAUUAUAUCUCAGUUGGGGAUAGUAUGUCGUUUGUUUUGUCAACCUUCGAAAUUUCUAUUGUUGUUUAAACAGCAUUCUAUAUCAAACUGUUCAAAUAAAAAACAUUAUUAACUAUGAUUUUACUAAUUAUAGACACAAUAAAGAUAAUUAAAAUGAA